AUGGAAGCAUCAUCUUUACAAUCGAAAAACAUAUCAACAACACAAACUACAACGUCAAAUCUAACUACAUCUUCAACACGUUCGUCUUUACCAUCACAACAGAAGAUUAAAAACAAAACGAAGUUGGAUAUAACAUCAACAUCAUCAAAGUCAUAUUCGAAAGUACCAUUGGAUAGAUACUCAAUAAUACAAAAUCAAGUGUUAUUGUCUCUUAUUUUCAAGACAAAUUGUGAAGCUUGUAGAAAUCGUUGGAGUGGAAAUAUGAAUAUCAACAAGCGCGAAGGUUUAUUCCUGAUAUUAUCUUUUCAAUGUUCAAUAUGUCAAAACAUAAUCACCAUUGAAACAAGUCCGAAGAUUGUUGCAUCAGAUCGCCGAGACAUCAACGUAAGAUCAAAAAUAAGUGGUCAUUUGUGUGGUAUCAGACAUGCUGGAUUAGUGAAGUUGAUGGGUGCUCUGAAUUUACCGAGUCCCAUUCAAGAUGAAAGAUAUUCCAAAUGGAAUAGAAAUUUACUAAUUGUAGUAAAAUCAUUCACCGGAAGAUCAAUGAAGAAAGCAGUAGAGGAAACUGUAGCUGCUGAAAAUGGUACAGAAUUAAUGGUUAGUGGAGAUGGAUUCUGGCAGACUCGAGGUUUCCAAAGCAGACAUGGUGCGGCUGCUCUUUUAUCUUGUAACCCAACACCAAAAGUACUGGAUAUAGAAACAUGCAGUGCACUUUUUAUUAAAAAAUCCAAUCCUGCUAAAUAUGAAAAUAUUAUUAGAACGCAUCGAUGUGAAAAAAAUUAUGAAAAAAGUUCUGAUACAAUGGAAUCUGCUGCUAUUCUUACUAUGUUCAAACGAUCAGUUUCAAAAUAUGGAGUUUACUAUACUAAGUACGUUGGUGAUGGUGAUUCAAAAACCUUCCCAGUGCUUUCAAAAAUCGUACCUUAUCCAGGAAAAGAAAUUAAAAAAAUCGAAGACUUGAAUCAUUUUAGCAAAAGAAUGAAACGAGGAUUAGAAACAAUAAAACGUGAACACGGACGAAAAAAACUAUCUGAUGGUAAAACAAUUGGUGGUAAAAAUCGUCUAUCUGUUCAUAAUAUACUUCGAUUACAAAUGACAUUGGCCUCUAACAUUCGAAAGUUCAAGCAUGAUCUAGAUUUAUUAUUUAAAGGAUCUUGGGCAAUAUUUUGGCAUAAAUAUUCGACCAAUGAUGAUCCUCGUCAUGAUUAUUGCAGUAUCGAUUGCCUUACACGUGUGGUGGAUGAUUCAACUCAAAAUCCAAAUGAAGGUUUUCAUUCGCUUGUUUGGCUUAUGUCACUAAAACACAAGGCAUCAUCUGAGACAACUUUCGAAAUCGCAUGUUGUCUUGCAAUAAUAAUAUUUAACGAUGGAUAUUUUGCAUUAGGAGAUAUUUUCAAUGUCAUGUGUGGUUAUCGUGGUUAUUAUACUGAUCAAGCAAUGGUACGUUUUGAUAACAAUCGACUGCAUACGGAGUCAAAAGAAAACAACAGAAAAAGAAGAAAAGAAGCUGGCCAUGUUUUGAUUCAAAAUGACGAUGAAGAAGAGGACAAUGAUGCAGUGAUUGAUGGUGCUGAUCAAAUAGAUGAUGAUUAUAAUGAUACAAAUACUGUGACCGGAGCAGCACCUGAGAAUAAUGACACAACAACUGAUAGUAACGGACAUGUUACUGAUGAUAAUGACACAAUAUCAAGUAAUGAUGAGUCAUUAGAUGAUGAUUAUGUUGGAUACGGUGUAGAAUUUAAUGCAUGUACAGCUGGAGGACGUCUUUUAACUGCUGGUCUCUAUAUAUUAAGUUUAAUAUUAGUAGCAUCAUAUACUGCUAAUUUAGCAUCAGAUCUGACUAUACAGAAAUCGCAGUUUGUUGUAUCAGGAAUAGAUGAUAUUAAAAAUGGAAAAGUACCAAUCAAUCGUGUUGGUAUUUUCGCCGGUACAGCUACGGAAGACUAUAUUAAAACAGUGAUGUCUCCAGGAAGUCGAAAUUAUUAUUCAGUACACUCUUACCAAGAAUUAUGGGAUUCUUUAGAAGCUGGCAUAAUCGACGUUUUUUUGGUAGAUGAAGGAGUGGCUCAAUAUGGCAUCAAUAAUGUUUAUUGCGAUUUAACUAUAGUUGGCGAUAGUGUUGCUCCAAGUGCUUGGGGCAUUGUUACUCCUAAAGAAUGGCUAUAUGCAACAGAUUUAGAUAUUAGUGUAUUAUCACUUAGAGAAGCAGGGAAACUUGAUGAAUUGAAACAAAAAUGGUAUCAAGCACGAACUUGUACCGAUUCAACGCUACCAUCAACAUCCUUUGACAUCGAAGCAAUUACUGGAUUGCUUGUUAUUUUUGUAGUUAUUACUGUUGUAGCAUUAUUAUUAUUUUUAUGGACUGAAAGACGUAAUAUUAAAAAAUAUUUAUCACAAUUAAUACAUGAGCAAGACUCAUCAGUCGAAGAAAGAUACUCUGCAGCAAGAAAUUCAAACGAAAAUUAUGAACAUGAACAAAAUCAUCAAACAAUGUCGCAAGAUACUUCAUACUUUUAA